UACUUUGCCCUUGUUCUUCUCUCUAUCUCUCCCUCUAUCCAUUUCCAAUUCCAUAAAUUUUAUUUUGUGGGUCAGAAUAGAAAGUAGAAAUACUGAGAUUGAAAUUCCAAAACAAAGUAAGAAACUGAAGCUAUUUUGCUUGUGUGGUAAUCCCCAAUUUCCUCCGUAGCCGAAAUGGAAGCCAUUUUAAAGCCUCUGUUAAGCUCAACGACCAUGAUUAAACCACCCAAACCAUCCUCUUUUUCUUCUUACACUAGCAUUAACAAAGUUCCAGUUUUGCUAUCACUUGCUCCUCUUCUCACUGCCACCUCUUUUUCUUUCACUGCAAUUCUCUCUGCCCCUUCCCGUUUCACUUCUUCUGUUAUAUAUGCGACCCCGGAGAGCCAAUUGACUGAGGGAGUAGACACCAAUACAAGAGAAUGGGUAAUGCAAGAUUUUUAUGCUCUAAGGAAGGAUGUCGAAACUGCCUCAGAACGUGUUGAGGAGAUUAUAGCAUCGACUGGUCUGCAGCUAUUAGAAAAGGAACUUGCAGAUUUAGAAUCAAAAGCAGCUGAUAGCUCCUUUUGGGAUGAUCGUGCCAAAGCUCAAGAAACUCUUUUGGCACUGACUGAUGUCAAAGAUAAGAUAAAUUUGCUCAACGAGUUUAAAACCAAGGUUGAAGAUGCAGAAACUAUAGUUAAGCUAACAGAGGAGAUGGACGCCAUAGAUGCUGCACUUCUGGAAGAGGCUGUCAGUGUCAUCAAAGAACUCAAUAAGGCAUUGGACCGAUUUGAGUUGACUCAACUUCUUUCUGGUCCCUAUGAUACGGAAGGUGCGGUCAUCUCUAUAACUGCUGGUGCUGGAGGCACUGAUGCGCAGGAUUGGGCUGACAUGCUUCUCAGGAUGUACGUGAGAUGGGGAGAGAAACAGAAAUAUAAGACAAAGGUGGUUGAGAAGUCGUUGGGAGAGGAAGCUGGCCUCAAGUCAGCCACGAUUGAAGUUGAAGGCCGAUAUGCUUAUGGUUAUCUGUCAGGAGAGAAAGGAACACAUCGUAUAGUACGACAGUCUCCUUUCAAUGCCAAAGGUCUUCGUCAGACAAGUUUUGCUGGUGUUGAAGUCAUGCCUCUUCUCCCUGAAGAGUCAGUGGAUGUUGAACUACCUGAGGAAGACCUUGAAAUUACAUUUUCAAGGGCAGGAGGGAAAGGAGGUCAGAAUGUGAACAAGGUUGAAACUGCUGUUCGGAUUACUCACAUCCCUACUGGUGUUACUGUUCGCUGCACAGAAGAGAGAUCCCAGCUAGCAAACAAGAUCAAGGCUCUUAGCCGUUUAAAAGCCAAGUUAUUGGUCAUAGCUGAGGAGCAACGUGCAUCCGAGAUUAAGCAAAUACGGGGAGAUGCAGUGAAGGCGGAGUGGGGACAGCAGAUACGUAACUAUGUAUUCCAUCCAUACAAACUUGUCAAAGAUGUACGUACUGGAUUUGAGACAUCAGAUAUUGCAUCUGUAAUGGAUGGAGAAUUGGAUGCUUUCAUCAAAGCUUACCUCAAACACAAAUACAGUAUGAGUGUGUCUGCAACUACAACAGGGGCUAAUUGACAUUUAAGUGAUUUAAAAUUAACUUCUAUAAUACCCUUUUUGUGUUUAUAUAGGCUCAGAUUCUUUGGAUAAAACAGGAACUAGCAAGGUAGCUUAUUGUAAACUGGUAUUCUCAUUGCAUUAUUACUAAUCAGGUACGGCAAACUAAGUGCCAUAGCCAGUGUUCCUUCUCUA